AUGGCGCCAGCAACGCAAUUUGAUGUCUCCCCGCCUCCUGGUGAUGCCGUCUCUGCGUUAAGCUUUGCGCCAGGCGCAUCGACCCGCCUGCUGGCCUCUUGCUGGGACAAGAGCGUGUACCUCUACGACAUACAGGAUGGCGAGUCAGGUGCUCAAGGCACUCUCAUUCAGAAAUACUCACAGCAAGGGCCUGUCCUGGACGUGUGCUUUGGCAGGGAUGACACCGAAGCCUUCUCGGCCGGCUUGGAUCACACCGUACAAAGGAUCGAUCUCGAGUCAGGCAAGCAGGACGUCAUCAGCAAGCACACCCAGGGCGUCAGUUCUGUAGUCUACAGCGCGGAGCACAGCAUCGUCGUGUCCGGGUCAUGGGAUGCGACGCUCCACUUCCACAAUGCCAAGGACUUGUCGCAAGGACCGGUCAAGAUCCAGCUGCCGGGCAAGGUGCACGCGCUGGCCGCAAGCCCGACCAAAAUUGUCGUCGCCAUGACGGCCCGCCUUGUCCACAUCUACGACCUGCCGACGGUGGCAGAAUACCUCGCAUCACAUGCAGGUGGCAACGGUACGAUUGAUGCCACCGGUGCCAUCAAGCCGUGGCAGCAGCGGGAGUCGUCGCUCAAGUUCCUGACCCGCGCGGUCGCCUGCAUGCCCAACGACGCCGGCUAUGCCACCAGCAGCAUCGAGGGCCGCGUCGCCGUCGAGUGGUUCGAGGACAGCGCCGAGUCGCAGGCCCGCAAGUAUGCCUUCAAGUGUCAUCGCCAGACCGCCCCCGAGGAGGAGGGCGGCGGCGACGUCGUCUUCCCCGUCAACGCACUCGCCUUCCACCCCCGAUACGGCACCUUUGCGUCCGGCGGCGGCGACGGCACCGUCGCCCUGUGGGAUGCCGGGGCCAAGCGGCGCAUGAAGCAGUACCAGAAAAUUCCCAACAGCGUGUGGGCGCUCGCGUUCUCGAACAACGGCAAGUACCUCGCCAUGGGCGUGGCGCCUGGCUUCGAGACCGGCCAGGAGGACUACAGCGGCGCUGGCAAGACCCAGAUCAUCGUCCGGGAACUGUCCGAAACGGAGGCCAAGGGCAAAGGCUCCAAGUGA